AUGUCGUCGAGCUUUACUGAUCCGAUCGAUAGCCAAAGUGAAUCAGAAAAUAAUUUUAUUACGAGCUACAUGAUGGAAGUUGAAGAUGACGCUCCUUUGGCUACCGAAGCACAAGGCGAUCAAGAAUUAAUGCAACCAUACCAAGACGAACCAAUUGCUGACACUGAAUGGGUAGAAAACUAUUACGAAGAAAGGCGCAAUCAAGACGAUAGGCUUCGAGUACUUAGAGGCCGGCUCGAAGGACGUGUAUCUGUUGAAGGCUGGUGUGGAUGUGGGAAUUGUAAAACCGACUUGUUGCAAAACGAAAAAGAGAGUAAAUGUUGCCAAGAAGUAGAAGGCUGUGGCGAGGCACUCAGCAGUGAUAUUAUCAUGCAAGAAAUGAGUGCGGUCCCUAAAUGCAUCACACUUCAUCCUGGCUUUAGCGAUGUGUGUUUAUCUAUUUGGUCAUUGCGCUUAGCUGGGCCAAAGUUUAGAAGAAUCGACAGACAAAAGUAUAAAAUGGGUAGCGACGAAAACAGAUAUCUUCGAAGUGUUGCAUACAGACAAUAUAUACAACUUGUUUAUGGCUACUUAGGAAAAAGACGAAUACCACUGCCUGCAUGUGCCUAUCAUCCUUGUUAG